CCCAAAUGCCGACCAUUCGCACCCCGUAAUGGCGUAAUCCAUUCGAAGGAGAAAACCCGGAAUCUCUGACUGCGCGCCCUCUCGUUCUUCGAUUUUCUUGUCUCUGUUCCCGGCGGUCGGCGAUCAAGUGCGAGCGUCGAAGGAGAAAACCCCAAAUCAUCCCCUUGCUCACUUCCUCUUCUCCUUUUCUCUUCCCAUCGAGGGCGAUUGCAGCGGCGGGAGGGCAUUUACAGCAGCCUUCUUCUUCUCCGUCUCCGUUCGGCUAUCGAGUGUCGGAGAAGAGCGAUUGUUCGUUUGUCUCCACGGCUACCGGUGGCUGAUAAAUCUUCUCCGAAUUCAUUCUGUUGGGAAAAGGCGGAGUGGUUGUUGUUGUUGGAUGGUAUCUUCCAGAACUAUAUCCCAAAUUCAGGAAACAAGAAGAAAGUAUUAACAGUUCAUGGGAAGUAGAUUCUGAUCCACAGGCAGGAAAAGGUUUCCCAAUAAAUUUUAGUGUUCACUAUUCAAUGGCUUUAACUGAAGCUAAAAAUGUUGUGGCUCCAUUGAUGAAUAUCGUUAAAUUUAAAGGAAUGUCUAUCUUACAGCAGCUUCAUUUGGAGGAGCGGUUGUUCAGGACCUCUUCCGAUAAUUGGUGCAUCAUAAAUGAUGGAACAAAUGCUCCUACUAUUGUCAUGGGAGUGAGCGGGAAACCAUCCGAACUUCUUGAUAUUAAACUUGUGUUGCAAGAUAAGGUUCCUGUGGUUAGAAGAUUUACUGGGGGUGGCACUGUUGUUGUUGAUCCUGGGACCAUAUUUGUGACUUUUAUAUGCAACAAGGAUGCUGUUCCUAGUGUAGAACUAUAUCCACGUCCCAUCAUGUCUUGGAGCGGUCUGAUCUAUGAAGAUGUGUUUCGAGGGAUUGCUGAUUUCCAUCUCCGUGAGAAUGAUUAUGUUUUUGGGGACCGCAAGUUCGGUGGAAACGCUCAAUCUAUAUCAAGAAGACGGUGGAUCCACCACACUUCCUUUUUAUGGGAUUACGAGGUCAGGAAUAUGGCUUACCUAAAAGUACCAAGACGGGCUCCUGAUUAUCGAUCGGCAAGGAGUCAUGUAGAAUUUGUUUGCCAUAUGAAAGACUAUAUGUCAACGUCAGAUUUCAUCGACAGAACUGUUAAGGCUGUUGGUACUCGUUUCUCGUUGACACCCAUGCAAUUGGAAGAAGGCAAUAUUCAUGGCAAGACAGCAUUUGACCAUUCUAGCAGGUUGCUGACAAAGGCAGAACUGGAGGCAGCUUUUGCAUCUCAGACAAACUUAUAUGGUGAAAGCACUGGAUUGAGUCAGGUACAGGUAGAUCUGAAACACGUACAAUCUAACUGAAGACAAUUCUGUUAAGAUAUCUUGAUCAUAGCCCUGAAAAUGGAAUUGCUACUCACCAUUAUCUUGUAAUAAAAUUAGCAAUCGGAAGGCUGUCUCCCUUUGCUGAGGGUAGAAAAAGGGGGGGGGGGGUGGUGUUUUAUGUUCAUUAUCAUUGCACAUGAACCCCCAACAAUUCUUUAAUCUGACCUGCGUAGGGUCUGGUUUGAGUUUCCAUGUGAACAUAUGAGUUCAAUCAUUAUUCUGGUUUGAUCCAUGGCAUUA